AUGGGACUCAGAAUAGGUGGUUCUGCUCUUGCGAUGGCGGCGAAGGAUUUGCAUUGGAGAGGAAAGGAGAAGGGAGUGAAGAUGAGAGAGUUUCAACGAUUGCAGAAGGAUUUGUAUUGGAAGGCGAAUAAGGAUCUCUAUGAGGAGUUCGUCGUCUUCGAGUUUGCUAAUGGAGUAGUCCGUGGUCGCCAUGGCGAUGGCAGGCUUGUAGAGGAUGAGAUUAAUUGGGAGAAAAAAUAA